UCUGGCCCAGGUGGGCUGUCAAGUUCCAGGCAUUCAGGGGAAGGGAUGACCUCCCACACUGGAACAUCCCACUCAGGCGGGUCCUUCGAGUCUCAGGUGGCAGGCAACGUGGAGCCCAGCUGGACCCCCUCUGGGAGAGCCCCAUGAGGGCAGGAGAGUGAUGGAGAGUACGCCCCGCUUCCUGAAGGACAGCCCAGCCUGGGAGAAGACAGCCCCUGAGGAUGGCAUCGUGGGCCCAGAGCCGGAUACCCCACCACAGGAUGGACUGAGCCCGGCAGCACUGUGCCUGGGAGAGCCUGCUCCUUUCUGGAGGGGUGUCCUGAGUACCCCAGGCUCCUGGCUCCCCCCUGGCUUCCCCCAGAGCCCCAAGGACACCCUCCCAUUGGUGGAGGGCAAAGGUCCCCGGAAUGGGGAGAGGAAGGCUAGCUGGUCAGGCAGCAAGGAGGCGCUACGCUGGAAGGAGGCGAUGCUUACCCAUCCGCUGGCAUUCUGUGGGUCAGCGUGCCUGCCUUACUACGGCCCACUGAUUCCUGAGCAUGAUGGUGGCCCUCCCAAGAGUGACCCUGUGGCCUUCCGACCCUUGCACUGCCCCUUUCUUCUGGAGACCAAGAUCCUUGAGCAAGCUCCCUUCUGGGUGCCCAGCUGCCUGCCUCCCUACCUAGUGUCCAGCCUGCCCCCAGAGCGUCCAUGUGACUGGCCCCCGACCCCAAACCCCUGGGAGUACUCCGGAGUCCAGCCCAAAGUGCCCUCUGCCUUCAGCUUAGGCAGCAAGGGUUUUUACCGCAAGGAUCCAAGCAUUCUCAGGCUGGCAAAGGAGCCGCUGGCAACUGUGGACCCUGGGUUGUUGGGCUCAGCGCCUGGUGGGCGUCUCCAGAGAACUGGGGAGGUGGAACGCCCUUCACUCCGCCAGAGAGUUGGAGAGACAGGAGUAGGCAGGCGUCAGAAUCUUUGCCCCCUUGCCCUGGGGCAUCCAGACACUGUUCCCCCGACCCCGUGGCCCACUUGUUCCCCAGGCCUGGUUCAUACUCUUGGCAAUGUCUGGGCUGUACCGGGAGGCGGGAGCCUUGGGUACCAGCUGGGGACGUCAGCCACAUCAAGGUGCCCGUCUCUUGGGCCUCCUACCACCCAGGUGGGCCGUUGCUCCCCUCACCCACCAGCUAGAGAUGGAGGUCUUGGCCCUUGUGGGAAGUGCCAGGAGGACCUGGAGGGGGGCACCAGCGGUCCGAGGGAAUCCAGCGAGGAAGCAAACAAGGCCCCUGGUCCCAGGGCCUGCGCGCCCAGCCAUCACACCAAGCUGAAGAAGACAUGGCUCACGCGACACUCCGAACAGUUUGGGUGCCCAGACAGCUGCUCUGGGGAGGAGGAAAGCCCAGCGGCCCAGCUGCGGGCCCUCAAGAGGGCAAGCAGCCCCGAGGUCCAGGGAGCAGUGAGCAGCCCAGCCGCCAAGCGCCCGUCCGGCCCUUUCCCGGGCAGUGUGGGGCAGGGGGCCAGAGGUUGGCAGGAGCUGCUGGACUCAUCGUUUGGGAACAAGGCAGAGGCAGAACAGCGUGAUGACCACAGAGGACCCCGAGACAUCAGGGCCAGCCUCCAGGACCCGGGGCUGCAGGAUACACCUUGCGCGGCUCCCCCGGCAGGCAUGACUCAGUGCCAGAGCUGUACCCAGGCAGCUGGUGAGGCGGGAGGGCCGGCCUGCCACUCCCAGCCAGUGCCCAGAUUGCCUCUGGGAGGGAAGCGGCGGCAGGAGGAAGACCCGGCAGCCAGCUCCGAGGGAGGAGGGUCUGGCCCCCCGGCAGCCAGCUCCGAGGGAGGAGGGUCCGGCCCAGAGGAGGCCGGGCUCAGCAUGGGCCUCGCCAAGCACCUGCUAAGUGCUCUGGGAGACCGACUGUGCCGCGUGCUGCGCAGGGAGCGGGAGGUCUUGGCCUGGGCCCAGCUGGAAGCAGGCCAGGGACCAGCCGGGACAGAGGACAACCCAGGCAUUCCACGUUGCUGUAGCCGCUGCCACCAUGGACUCUUCAACACCCACUGGCGAUGCCCCUCCUGCAGCCACCGGCUGUGCGUGGCCUGUGGUCGCAUGGCGGGCGCUUGGAGGACCAGGGAGAAAGAAGGCUGUCAGGAACAGUCCAUGGAGAAGUGUACCCAGGAGGCUGGGCACAGUGCCUGUUCCCUGAUGCUCACCCAGUUUGUCUCCAGCCAGGCUUUGGCAGAAUUGAGCACUGCAAUGCACCAGGUCUGGGUCAAGUUUGACAUCCGGGGGCACUGCCCCUGCCAAGCUGAUGCCCGGGUGUGGACCCCUGGGGAUGGGGGCCAGCAGAAGGAGCCGACGGAGAAAACUCCCCCAACUCCACAACCUUCCUGCAACAGGGAUACCAACAGGACCAAGGACAUUAAAGAGGAGACCCCAGACUCCAGAGAGACACCGGCAGAGGACCGUGCUGGCCAAGGGCCCCUGCCUUGUCCCUCUCUCUGUGAACUACUGGCCUCCACUGCUGUCAAACUCUGCUUGGGGCACGAACGGAUACACAUGGCCUUCGCCCCUGUCACUCCAGCCCUGCCCAGCGACGACCGCAUCACCAACAUCCUGGACAGCAUCAUCGCGCAGGUAGUGGAACGGAAGAUUCAGGAGAGAGCCCUGGGGCCGGGGCUGCGGGCCGGGCCGGGCCUGUGCAAAGGCCUGGGCCUGCCCCUCUCACCGGUGCGGCCCCGGCUGCCUCCCCCUGGGGCUUUGCUGUGGCUGCAGGAGCCCAGGCCUCCGCGAGGCUUCCACCUCUUCCAGGAGCACUGGAGGCAGGGCCAGCCCGUGUUGGUGUCAGGGAUUCAGGGGACAUUGCAAGGCCACCUGUGGGGGACAGAAGCUCUAGGGGCGCUUGGAGGCCAGGUGCAGGAACUGACCCCCCUCAGACCUCCCCAGCCCGCAAGCCUUGGCAGCACAACGUUCUGGGAGGGAUUCUCCCAGCCUGAGAUUCGCCCAAAGUCAGAUGAGGGCUCGGUCUUCCUGUUGCACAGAGCUCUGGGGGACGAGGACACCAGCAGGGUAGAGAGCCUGGCUGCCAGCCUGCCGCUCCCGGAGUACUGUGCCCGCCGUGGGAAACUCAACCUGGCCUCCUACCUCCCUUGGGGCUCUGUCCUGCGUCCACUGGAGCCCCAGCUGUGGGCGGCCUAUGGUGUGAGCCCACAGUGUGGGCACCUGGGGACCAAGAACCUCUGUGUGGAGGUGACCGACCUGGUCAGUGUCCUGGUACGCGCUGAAGCCCCACUGCCUGCCUGGCACCGGACACAGAAAGAUUUCCUCUCAGCCCUGGACGGGGAGGGCCUCUGGUCUCCGGGCAGCCAGGUCAGCGCCGUGUGGCACGUGUUCCGGGCACAGGACGCCCAGCGCAUCCGCCGCUUUCUCCAGAUGGUGUGCCCGGCCGGGGCGGGAAACUUGGAGCCCGGCACCCCCGGCAGCUGCUACCUGGACGCAGGGCUGCGGCGGCGCCUGCGGGAGGAGUGGGGUGUGAGCUGCUGGACUCUGCUGCAGGCCCCCGGAGAGGCUGUGCUGGUGCCCGCGGGGGCUCCCCACCAGGUGCAGGGGCUGGUCAGCACAGUGAGUGUCACUCAGCACUUCCUGUCCCCCGAGACCUCUGCCCUCUCUGCUCAGCUCUGCCACCAGGGGCCCAGCCUGCCCGCUGACUGCCGCCUGCUUUAUGCCCAGAUGGACUGGGCUGUGUUCCAAGCAGUGAAGUUGGCUGUGGGAACAUUGCAAGAGGCUAAAUAGGGGGAUCCCGGGUGUCUGGGGUAGGGGUUGGGGGCAGGCAGACCAGUGCUCAGCCCAGGCACAGCUUCAGCAGAGAAUGGCACCGGGGAACUUGGGGACUUCCGCUCAAUCCCGCAAGCAGCACUCUGGACACAAGCAGGGCACCCCGUUCCCUGCCCCUGACCUGGGCCCUAAGGCCGACAACCACAGUGCCACUGAAGCUCGCACCUGCCCUUUGCAGGCUGGCACUUGCUCCGCCCCGAGCUCCCCUCCAUGGUACCAGAGGGUACCAUGGUCUCACUGGGGGUGUGACCGUCUCCCUCCAACCCCUGCCCGCCAACCCAGGAGACGAAGAGCCCUUCCUUGGGGGACCUCGGAAAUCAUUCUGGCUUAAGCAACACCUGCUGCUGCUGCUUCAUCUCCUGCUGUCUCACCUGUGCCCGAGCUCUGCUUUUACCACCCACAUCCUCCCGGGCUCCCGGGAGGCCUUUUGCACUGCAGGCGUGCUGGACAAGGGCCACCGACAUCCUGCCCUCUUGCCAGAGAGCUGUGAAGUGUGGGGAGGGGGCAGCAUCAGGCCACUACCCAGGCUUGGCUGGAGGGGUGGCUACGGGCGAGGCCCCAUCCCUGCACCCUCCUCUCGCCUCCUUCCUUCUUGAUUUCCAUUAAAGGCUGUUGUUUUGUGAAUGCUGCAGUGUGGUUGGCCCUGCUCCUGCAGGCCACAUGGACUGGGGAGGGAGGGGCCACAUGGAAAUGGAGCAGGGUGGGAGGGGGCUGAGGCUGUGGUGACGGGGACCUCAAAUACCCCUGCCUGUUCUUCUUAGGGUGGGGGGCAGGGUCCCUUCCUCCCACAUAGGAGCAGGUGGAGCCGUCCAAGGGGGCUGCCCUUGAGGAUACUCCUGACAGCGACAGCGGGCAAGGCAGAGGUCUGGGCCACAGCAGCAAGGCCAUCUCCCUGUGUGGCACCAGAGAUUCUGGAACCCUCACUCUCCCCACGAACUCCAGGCUACCCCAUCUCUCCUGUCUGACCUGACCUGGAGCUCCGGGAGUCUGGCCCGGGAGAGCCCCUGCCCAGCCUUCUGCCCUCGGUGCCCAUGGCCAGCCCCAUGCCCACUGGCCGGUUGCCUGAGACAGCUGACAGCCCCUCCCUCCCCCCCGGGACCCUCUGGUGUGGCUCCACCCACUCCCCUGCCCUUGUACAUCUCACCACAACAUCCUCCAACUCAUGUUACAGUUGUUCCUGCAGUGGUUCAGGGAAUUUUUUUUAUGAAAUAAAUUAUUUUUAUUAUAAUUUAAUAUACUUUAAGAACAUUUAGAAAAUAAGAAAAAGAAACCUGUAGACCCACCUCCACUCACCUCCAAUCCAACCCCUAUUAGUCUUUUGGUGUAUUUCUUUUAGUCUUUUCUCCAGGGAUCUGUUUUACACAUGGUUGGAUUGGGGUGCUUUGUACUGGGUUUCCUUUUUAAAAAAAAUUUCUUUAUUUUAUUUAUUUAUUUUUGGCUGUGUUGGGUCUUGGUUGCUGCACGUGGGCUUUCUCUAGUUGCGGAGAGCGGGGGCUACUCUUUGUUGCGGUGUGCGGGCUUUUCAUCGCGGUGGCUUCUCUUGUUGCGGAGCGUGGGCUCUAGGCGCACGAGCUUCAGUAGUUGUGGAGCACGGGCUUAGUUGCUCCGCGGUAUGUGGGAUCUUCCCAGAACAGGGCUCGAACCCAUGUCUCCUGCACUGGCAGGCGGAUUCUUAACCACUGCGCCACCAGGGAAGCCAUGCUGGGUUUCCUUCUGUAAAAAUGUAUUGUGAUCAUUUCCUGGGUUGCUAUCU